AGUCCCGCGCACCUCCUUUCCCUAAAGAGCUCUUCCGGGAACAUGGUCUAUUGCUAUGCGUAUGGUUGCACUCAUCGAAGUGAUAAUAACAAAUCGAAUUGUCAUUUAUUUCGAUUUCCAACUGAUGAAAAAGUAAGAAGAAAGUGGAUAGAUCUCUGCAGACGUGCUGAUCGGAAAUGGAACAACGGAGACAGGAUAUGUAGUUGCCACUUCAAAGAUGGCUGCAAGGAAAAUGGUCCUACAAUAUUUACUUACUAUAAACUAAACACUCGAAAGAGGAAAAAGUUGAAAGAAAUUGAGGCUCCAGCUUCGGUGGAAACAAGUACAUGUAUCACUGUUGCUGAUACAUGUACAUCUGGUACUUGUACAUAUCAGUCAGACAGAAAUCCAGCCCUGGACCACACCUACUUUCAUCCCUGUCCAUUUUUCCAGUGUGCCUCCAGGACAAUUGAUUUUCAUUCAAAAAUAAAAGAACUAGAAGAUGAGAUUCAACGCUUAGAACUAGAAGUGGUCAGAUUGCAGAAUACUGGGCAUGCAAUGUCUAUUGAUGCCAUUAAAAAUGACCAAGAAAAAAUGCUGAUGUACACAUCUUUUCCAUAUGAUGUCUUUAAAAUCAUUGUUGGAGCACUUCAAAGAUUUCAACAAGCAGGAUGGAGUGUCUCAAAUGUGAGUCUGGAAAAUCAGGUUCUUAUAACUCUUAUGAAACUACGGUUAAAUUUGAGAGACCUGGACUUGGCAGACAGAUUUUGUAUGAGCAGGGCUACAGUCUCCAACAUUGUGAACACAAUCAUAAGUGCAAUGCAUGAAAUCUUUUACAAGGGUAUCAUGGUUAGAAUGUGCAUGCCCAGUAAACUUAUGUACAAGGUUUCCAUGCCUAAAUCAUUUGAAGAUUUUGGAUCUGCAAAAACAUCCAUCGAUUGUACACAGACAACCAAGGAUAAGCCAUCAGACUUUAAUCAACAGGGUGCCUCUUUCAGUAACAACAAAAGCCAGCAUACUAUGAAAGCUUCGACUGGUGUGAAUGUGUCAUCUCUUUAUCCUGGAUAUGUGUCUGAGGCAAAUAUUGUUGAACAUUCCCAUUUUCCAGAUUACCUUGCUCCAGUUGAUUUAAUCCCUGCUGACAUAGAAGACCAAAUGCCAUCUGGUGUUCAUAUUGAAAUACCUCCAUUUUUGGUAAACAAGACCCAUUUUACUUGGAAAGAAUCUGAACUGUGUUACAAAAUUGCUCGACACAGAAUGCAUGUUGAAAGAGAAAAAGAGGAUUUUAAGAAAUACCAAAUCUUAAACCACAUUCCAGCUAACUACCAACCAUUGUCUACCAAAAUAAUGCAACUGUGUGCUUGUCUUGUAAAUCUUCAAGCACCUUUGCUCAAAGAGAUUGUUUAAAACCUUUUGUCACUGUAAGGUGAGAGGCUGUGAAACUCAUGGCUGACAUUUUGUCGUAGAUUUUACACUUUUAUUCCUUGUUAAACAUUCAUUUUCUGUUUUAAUAUAAUGAUUGGACUUGUAUAUUUCAUGUUUCUUCUCACAUGGCAUUGAAAAAGUGAAUAAAAUUUUAUUGUUUCAUUGCGACCAUGCAAGUAUAUAUACUACAAUAUGUUAAAUGUACACCCACACAGGUAAGACCUGUACAGGGAAAUAUUUUAAUCUUUUAAGAGAUGUGCAGCUGUAGAAACAGGGGCCCUCUUUGCCUCUUGCGAGUUGCGUUAAGCUUUAGGGACGGUGUUGUUUCAAAUUCUGUAAACAUAUCUUUUGCAAGUUAUAUUUUUAAUUUACUAAAUGGACUGGUUUAAUCCUAUUUUGUUGUUGCCAAGCUAAAAACAAUUGUUUACACUUAAAUUAAUUCAAGUUUGAUUGUACAUGUUUUUUUCAUGUGUUACCUGCAAGAUCUAUUACUAGUAUUCAUAAUUAUACAAGUUCAAGGUUAUCACUAACAUGACUAAAUAAAUGUUGCACUUAUCGAAAAGACCCAGCUGGAGAUCCAGUUCCAGUUCAUAUUUAUUCAAUGCCAACUCUUUAUAUGUCCAUUUUCUGCACCUUUCUUUUCUGCAUAUGUAUGAUGUACUUAAUAUCUGUUACCAAACAAAAAGUUUAUAUUAACAUCUUUCUUUUUAAUAAUUCAGUUAAUAAAUUGAUUAUAAAAAGUUAAUAAAUUUCAAUUAAUUACUGUUAAUGUUCUUAAGUACGUUAGCUAAAAGAUACAGCCAAAUCGUCUCCUGUGAGACUUUUGAGUCAGAGAAGGUAAAUUUACUUAAAAGGGCAUUGGGUGGGAACCUAUCUGGUUUGUUGUUUAUUUUUUGUUGACAAAAAAUGUUGGUCUAGUGAAUGUUAUCCAAAUUUAAAUAUACACAUCAUAAUGAUGAUAAAAGUGUUGAGGUUAUGUAUUAAUACAGUACAUGUAUCUCCUUCUCGCUGAUACAGACCUUAUUUGUACCCCGCCCAAAACUGACUAGAUUGGCCUAUAACUCUUAUCCAUGUAGAAAAUUGUAUUUCAUGGAUGGAUACAAUAGUACAUUAUUUAAGAUGCUGGGAACAUGUCUAAAAGUUUUCACUCGGCAUCAAAACAGGUCAAUAAAGGAUCAACAAAUUCAGAGAUUUUCCUCUUCCCAAGAUUAAUUAUUUCCUACAAUGAAUCAUGAUAAAAUUUAGGUACAUGUAACCCUCAACAUGAUUUAUAAAAGAAAUAUUAAGGUAUUCAAUGUAUAACAACCACAUUUUGUACCUAAUAAAUGAAUGGUCCGAUAUUCUUAAUCAUGAUAUCAUUUUGAAGGUGUUAUCACAAUAUAAUACUCCACCAAAAUUUUUUACAAAAUUUUGAUUAUGGUCCAACUAAUUAUAUAUAUAUAUACACCUUGAAUUUUGCAUUGAAGUCUAUGGGCAACAUAUGUUUUAUAAAGAUAUUGUAAAAAGUAACUUAUAAUUUGUAAAACUCUUUUGGUUAAUACCUGCAUGAACUGCCUCUUUAUUAAAAUAUGAAAUAAAAUGAAUCAUUUACCGCAGAUAUUUUGACGAAAUCAAAAUUUUCUUUUUUUCAUCAAGGGGAGAUAACUCUUUAAAAAAAUUUAAGAUGCAAAAUGACCAGCUCCUUACAUGUUGUCUGCUAUGUGAAUUUGGUUCAUUUCACUCUCAUAGUUAUCUAGCAAUACAUAUUUAAGUAUAUAUAGUUUAAAAUGAUUCCAAAUUAUUCAAUUUCUCUUCAUUAUACAUUGAAUACUUAAGUCCCAUAAUCUCAUUUCUCAAUAUCCACAAAAUGUAAAGUAAAAACAAAUAUCAAUUUAAUGAUAAUGAAUACAAUGUGCAUUUCAAGGGGAUAUAAUUAGGAAUUAUUGAUAAUUUUUGAGAAAUUUUCAAAAAUCUUCUCACAAACCAUUUGGCCAGGAAAGCAGAAACUUGUGUAGAAGCAUUCUCUGAUAGUGUACAUUCAAAGUUGUGAAAAUCAUAACCCCAGGUGUUAGUGUGGGGUUACAAGGGGGGUUCAACUUUUACAAAGCAAUAUAUAGUAUAAAUAUUUAAAAAUCUUCUUCUCAGAAACUAAUCAGCCGGGAAAGCUGAAACUUGUUGUGAAGCAUCCUUAGGUAGUGUUGAUUUAGAGGUGUGAAAAUCAUGACCCCCGGGAUAGGGUAGGGCCACAAUGGUGGUGGUGGGGGGGGGGGGGGUUCAAACUUUAAAAUUUAUCUUUUCAGAUAAUCAGCCAGGAAAGAUUAAAUUUAUCUAAUAGCAUCCUCAGGUAGUGUAGAUUCAAAGAUGUGAAAAUCAUGAUCCUCAGGGGCAUAGUGGGGCCACAAUGGGGGUUUAACUUUUAAAUAGGAAUAUAUAGAGUAAAUACUUCAAAAAUCCUCCCAGAAACUAAUCAGUUGGGAAAGCUGAAACUUAAGUGGAAGUAUCCUCAAGUAGGAUAUUAAUAGAUUCAAGGUUUGUUUAAAUCAUGAUCCCACAGGGUAGGAUGGUGUCACAACAUUGGCAGGGGAAGCAAACAUUUGUACAUAAUAAUUUAAAGAGAAAAAUCUUUAAAAAAAUCUUUUUCUAAAACCCUUUGCCUUCAAAAGCUGUAACUUUACUGAAAGCAACCUCAGAUAAUGUAGAACAAAUUCUUUCAAAUCAAAAUCUUGAGAAGUAGGGUGGGGCUAAAUUGGGGAUCCAAUAUUACAAAGGAACAUUUUAACUAUACAUGUAUUCACAAAAACUGAAAUGUUAUAAUAUAUCGUUUUACUUAGAUCUAUAUGCAAGCAUUUUGACAUGACAUGUUGCUGAUUAUAUACAACUGUUUAAAAUUUGACCCCUAGCCCCUAGGGGAUUGUUGGGUCUCGCAGGGUUUGAUUUAGGUCUAUAUCUUAUAUAUUAACAAUUGUUAAGGAUCUUUUUGAGAAUUGCAAUGCUCAACCGUUGAUACGACUAUAAAAUCAUGUUAGAAAUGGGAUUUGAUUGUAAACAUGAGAAUAUCUUGGGUGAAAAAAAAAUGAUUUUUAUUUAUACAGGAUCUACAUGUAUUAUACUACAUUGUCCAGAUAGUUUGUAUUAUUACUACAUUAAGAUGGUAUGGGACAUCUGUCGAUAUUAAUGUGAAUUAAAGUAGAUUAUAAUUGAAAUAGUUUCACCAGUGUAGAAUUAACAAAUUUUACAAUAUUUAACCAAAAAUUAGCUUAAAAAAUUACUUGGAGAAAAAAAAUUGUGAAACCCCCAGCGGGAUUCGAACUCAUGACCUACAGAUUCGUAGUAAACCCUCUAAACCAGGUAAUUACACUUGAUUUGAUUGUUUUUUUCGAUAAACAAUAUGUCACAACAUGGAAGUGUCCCAUACCACCUCAAGCAGAUUUUAUCAUACCUAUUGCUCCUCAGGUUAGCCAUGUGGCCCAUGGGCCUCUUGUUAAUUUGUCUUAAGUUACAAGGUUUACAUAGUCUAUCUACACUAUCAAUUCCCUCAAAUCUACCCUCUUCGAUACAUAGUUUGUGUAAGGAACACCUAAAAGAAGCUUAUGCCUGUUUUAAGAGGCACAUGUAGCUUAGGAAAGAGAGGUAACUCUCACAUGCAAGUUGUUUUUAAACAUAACAUUAGAAAGCACACUUUGGUGAAUUUGCUUACUGUGAGUUCCAUUCCUGUAGGACACAGUCUCUCAUUCUUUAGUUCAAUUCCGACAGAAAGACCUUUGGAUCUCCAGGUCCACCACUUAACCAAACGUCCCCAAAGCAAGGUGAUUUAAGACCGAUUUCAGUUUAUAGACCUCAGUAAGUUUCGAGUUGAACGACUGCUGCACAAACCCAAAUUUUAAAAGAUCUCAGAACACUCUCAUGGAUAUCUUGAAGUUUCCAUAUUUAGUAUUUUCAGCCAGUAUUUCACUGGUUUUAUGUAUAUGACAUAAAGAGGUACUCUUCCACAUUCUCCACUAGCCAUUACGUUAGUAGCUUUUCUGUUUAUUCCUAAUAUCCAUAUACAGAAGUCACUCUGUACAGCUUCAGUCUCUUCGUUGAUAUCAGUUCCCCCGACUUCUGCUCCAUAUGUUAGAAUAGGAACAAUAAUACUGUCUAAAAGGUUAAAGCACACUCUAGGUUCACAGUUAUUCAGGAUUUUCAAUGAGUGUUUUAACAUAUGGAAUGCUUUUCGUGCCCGUAAUGCAAGUGACAUACAGCACAUAGACAGACAGAUGGAAGCCGAACGAAAUGUGAUCAGAAAAGCUUACUUGAGCUUUCCGCUCAGGUGAGCUAAAAGUUCAUCAUUUUGGUCUUCCCAGCAUAAAAGGAAUAACUAUAAUGACAUCAAUAAUAAAUUAAACAACCUGUUCAGUGUUUUACUCCUUCAUUUUAGUCCUGUCAACACCAUUGCAAUAAUAAAUAGUACUAGUAAACAAACAUGCAGAUAUGUAUAGAAGCAUGCAGUUUAUCAAAAUACAUGUCUACAGAUGAUCAAAACCUGCCAAUGUUUUACCAGUCAGGGUUGUCUCUUAAAAUUGAAGAAGGAAGAAAAA